AGAACAGCUGGGCAACGUUGCCAGGUUCCAGGGAUGAAUGCAAAGCAAAAAACAAAAUGAGAGAACAACAAUAUAUAAAGCACAACGCUACUUAGUAGUAAUAACUGAAACACACAACGGCGACUACUUCAACACAAUGUGGCUGGCCGCGAACGACAUAUGUUGUCAUUAAACUGAGGCGGAAACGGUAAUGAUUACGUUUGGCUAACUCCGUUAGCAGCAAAAAAACGAAACCUAGCAAUUUCGAGUCGAGUGCAUAAAAUGUACAUAAAGCGGCUCAAAUGUUAAUGCAAAUGAGAGUGGGCCGCCAAAUGGGAAUCCAUCCAGCAACAAACCACCGAAAUAACCGUCAAGCAGAAACCGAAGAGGGGACAACGAAACGAGAAUUUUGAUUCAGAUUUAAAUGAGCAGAAAUCAAAAACAGAACUCGAGGAGCGCAAAAGAGAAAGAAAGUAAAGCUUCAAGUGAAAAUUAGGCCAAAACUUUAUUCGAAUACAUAUAUGUAUUUUGCUUUCCAACCUGCCAAUCGGCCAUUGGCCAUUCCCGAUAAUAACAAAUGAAACCUCGCCAGAAGAGGCCAUCCCAUCUACUAUAACACUCACCGUACAUAGGAACUUCGUUUAAUUUAAUCAGAGUCAAGAAGAGUACUAAACAAAAAGCAAAGAUGGAAGUUCUGGAGAAUAUAGUCAAGAGUCUUCAAAGUCUGUUGUCAUCCUACAUCGACCUGGAUUACUCGAUGUGGCUGUAUCGCUUCCUGACGCCGCUGAUAGUCACAUUCCUGCUGCCCCUGGUCUUUGUGGCCCUUAUAUACAUAUCAUUCUUGGUGCUCUUCAUCUACAAGCUGCACAGGCAGGUGAUCAUGCGAGCUGUGCAGACCGAUCGCAACUUCUGGCGCGUGGGCCGCAAGAUAGUGGCCGCCAUAUGGGAUGCCCAUGCGAGAAUCUACCACGGGUACGAGGUGAUCGGUCUGGAGAACGUACCCCAGGAGGGUCCGGCGCUGAUUGUCUAUUACCAUGGAGCGAUACCCAUCGACAUGUACUACCUGAACUCGCGGAUGCUUCUGCAGCGAGAGCGCCUGAUCUACACGAUCGGGGAUAGGUUCCUGUUCAAGCUUCCCGGAUGGGGCACCAUAUCGGAGGCCUUCCACAUCAGUCCCGGCACCGUCCAAUCCUGUGUGAGCAUUCUGCGGGAUGGCAAUCUGCUGGCCAUCUCGCCGGGCGGCGUCUACGAGGCCCAGUUCGGAGACCAUUACUACGAGCUGCUGUGGCGCAAUCGUGUGGGCUUCGCAAAGGUUGCCCUGGAGGCCAAGGCCCCCAUAAUACCCUGCUUCACGCAAAAUCUACGCGAGGGCUUCCGCCAGGUAGGCAUCUUUCGGAACUUCUUUAUGCGGCUGUACAACAAGGUUCGCAUUCCGGUCUAUCCCAUCUACGGCGGCUUUCCGGUGAAGUUUCGCACGUAUUUGGGCAAACCGAUAGAGUACGAUGAGACCCUCACUCCGCAGGACCUACAAAACAAGGUUGCCACAGCCAUUGAGGAUUUGAUCAAUCAACAUCAGCGAUUGCCGGGCAGCAUUCUGCUGGCACUUUUGGACCGGCUGCCGGCCUUCAGACGGGCAUCUUCAGGCAUCAAAAAGAAGGUGGAGUAGGCGGAAAUCAGAGAGAUUGACUGGCUCCGAGAGCUGCUUCUUCUGCUGCCCCACAUCUUUGCCGGCAACGAUGAUAACUUUUGAAGAGAGAUUAACAGAGAUUGACUUUGGUUCUGGCCAUAAAAGACUUUCUUCCAUGUACUUCAUGAUCAUAGUACUAGCAUAUGUAUAAAUAGUUUAUACACUUACGCUGCGCAGAUGGAGUACUUUGGAUACUGCUUGGUCCCCCCGUUGCAUUAUGAUGCAAUGCCUUUUGUUUUCUCUUCGCGGUUUCUGUUAGACAUGUAAAUAGGUUCCUACGUUCAGGGCAAUCCCCAAUAGGAGCCGUCAAAACUCAAUCACGUUAACGUUCACUUAAGUGCAAACACGUAGAUCCAAUCUCGCGAGCAGAAAUGUUCUUAAGUCAAUGUUCAACUAGAGUCCAAUUCUGAACAAAGAAGAAUUAUUCGAAUUAUUUUUUGUUGCUCUUUUUUAUACACACCAAAAGACAACAAAAGCAACAAAAAAACCUUAAACAUUUUGAUAUACUUUUUUUUCCUAAUAUAAUUCAGGCUGCAUUAAACAAUUAUCUAAUUAGUCUUGUGUUAAGUGUGUAUUUCUAAUGGCUGCGUGUACAUACGUGUAUGUCAUACGAGUACGUACAUACAUAUGUAUAUUUUUGCAACCUUAUUUUGUUGGCUCAGCCGAGGAGGAGUAGCGGGCGCAGCAGUCGAGUUGCUGUCGAGUGAAUGAAUUGAAUCUGUGUAUGCGUCUGUGUAAUAUAUGUAUGUGUAGUUAAGAAGAAGAUUGUACGAUAAUCAUAGUAGUAGUAGUAAAUAGUAUGCAUAAGUAUAUUAAUGUGACAUGUUGCCUUGAUCCCUCUCCUCUCCCCACAGACGAAAAAAGCUAAUACCGAUUUCCAACUGGCAAAAAUAAUCACAUGUGGCAAUAAAAUGUGGAGAAAUUAUGAA